AACGCUGACGAGCGGAAGUGGUUUAAGCUUUUCUCUCAAAUUUAAAAGAGAAUUUAAAGGUCUCGCAAUCGGUGAAUACAGUAGUGUGAAUAUGUCACUGAUUAGCUAGAUACUAAGUUUGAAGAAGAGUUGGCUGUUUUUUUAUUAUAUUUCGUAAGUAUUGGUGUACAUAUUAAAAAUGCUUCCAAAAGUUAUCGAAUUUCGAUUAUCUAAAAACAACAGGUUUUAUAACAAAUUGAGAGAAGAAACGCUAAAAGCAAACAAAGAUUUAUCUUUCAAUUUUGUCGGUGAUUAUCGAAGCAAAACAUAUACCAAGCCUGAAUCUAAAAACAUCAUCAUAGAUCAAAGCAAUAGCGAUUUCCGCUCAAUAUACGAAGUUGAAAAAUACGUGAACGCAAAAAACCUCAACGGUGGUGUAACAAACAAUUCUCCUCAUCAUACAUCUUCCGAUAAUGAUAAAAAACAAGGCGAAGAUUCAACAAAGAGUGUUGAGAGUGAAAGAGGGGAAAUGGAAGUUGCUUCAGAAAUAUUACCAGAGCUGGUGGCAAAAGUAAAUCCAGAAGACAGCAUAUCUAUGAAUCUUGAUUUUAGAGGCCAUGAUUCAAUUUAUAGUAGAGAAAAUUCUCAUACAAGAGGCAGCACUCCAAGAUCACAAGAAAUGACCCCAAGAAGUGACAUAAUAAUAUCGGAGAGAUCAAUCUUCACUUCCAGGUCAACAGAAAAAGAUAAUGACACUCCCAGGUCGAACGUUAGCAGCAACUCCACUUCACACCAAGGAAAUGAAUAUGUCUCCGAACAUAAAAAAAUAUGGGACAGCAAACAGAACAUCUUCCCUCAAAUGAGCAUAGAAGAGAUAUCACUAACUAAAGAAAAUGUGCAACGGUUAAGUAGUAGAAAGACAGUAGAAAAAAUAAAAGACAAUGUCUGGAUAACAAAGAAUAACACAUUAAGAAGUAAAGAUAGCACAUGGGUUAUCGAGGAAGCGUCACCGAGGGGUAGAGAAGACACAUCUUGGAUAGAAAGACAAAGUCAUCAAAAAGAGAACAACAAGCAGUGUACUUCAAGAGGUAAGGAAGAUACCUCCUGGAUAAGCAAGUCAAACGCUGGUGUAUCAAAAGAAAACUUUCUGCCAACAGAAAGUAAGAUCAGUCAUGCAGUAAAAAAUGUAAGCCCUCGAAAUGAUCGAGACCAAGUACUGUUUUCUUGGAGAAGUAACGAAGAUACAACUUCACAUGUAACACCACGAAGUGUGCGUACAACACCUCGAAGUGUUCGUAGCGAAGAUUUGAGAGAAGACUGGAAAGUUAGAGAGCAAAACUACAAACACGAACAACCAAAACAUGCAAACAAAUCAGCAUUUGGUUUUUCUUUGCCUUUGGAUUAUAGUUUUUCAAGCAGCAAUGCUUCUGAAAGAGUACGGUUGGCAAUUGAACAGGCAAACCAAGUCAACGAACAACAACAGCUAAUUGAAGAAAAUACAUCUGUAAUUCCACUCAAGAUUUGUUGUGCUUGUGAAAAAAAAGUUAAACCGCACGAGCAAUAUUUGCAGGGUAACAAGGUCUGGCAUCGUUAUUGCAUGAAAUGUGUCGUUUGUGCAAAAGAUUUGCAAAAUUUGGAGAAGAAGGAGGACAGUGAGGGAGAGCUACACUGUUUUGGUUGUUUUCUUUCCAAUUAUGGCAAGGAGAGUGUAUCGUGGAGGUAAGGAGGAGUGUGCAACGGAGAACAAAAUGAUGCAUCUGAUGCCACCGAGAGAAGUUAAAUAUUUAGACCGACACGUUAUGGAUUGCUAUUUCAAUCACCAUUUCAAUUCUGCACCACAGAAACCUUUUGCACAUUUUAGGUAAUUUCCAUGUAGGUACUUAAAAGUCACUGAUCACUUCCAGAAUCAAAUUUUGCUACUUUAGGCCUGCACUGUAUUUAUUUAUAAACGAAUGUUAGCUCCGCUGCUGCGAAACCAUCCAGGGUGUGUAUUCUAGAAUUUUU